AUGUCUGUCUCCUUCUCGUCUUCACUCCUCCCCUCUCCUCUUCCUCACAACAAAAUCACCCCUAAACACAAAACCUAUCAGCCCCAAAACCAAAACCCUCUUCACGCAGAUAAACUUCUUCUUCGAUGUGCAUUUUCCUCUGCUGCAGCAGCACCACCGUCUUCAACUUCUCCUAAAAAGAAGCUUUGGAAACAAGGCGAAUUCCCUGGAAUUACCUACACUUCAGUUCCCAGGAGAACCGCAAUAAAAAACAUCAAGAAGAAGUUAGACCGCAAGAACAAAGCCAAGGCUUGGGUUAAUACUGUAGCCGAAGCUUUAACUGAUUGCGUCCUCAAGAAACAAUGGCUCCAAGCACUUCAGGUGUUCGAGAUGCUAAAGGAACAACCUUUUUAUCAACCAAAAGAAGGUACCUACAUGAAACUCUUGGUUCUCCUGGGGAGAUGUGGUCAGCCUCAACGUGCCCAUCAACUUUUCGACCAAAUGGUUGAAGAAGGAAUAGAACCCACACCUGAACUUUACACAGCAUUGCUAGCAGCUUAUUGUCGAAACAAUCUUAUCGAUGAGGGUUUCUCAAUUAUUAACCAGAUGAAGAGUCUCCCAAGUUGCCAGCCUGAUGUUUACUCUUAUAGCACUUUACUUAAAGCUUGUGUUGAUGCUUCGAGAUUUGAGUUGAUUGACACUCUGUAUCAAGAAAUGGAUGAAAGAUUGAUAAGUCCAAACACGGUCACGCAGAAUAUAGUUUUGAGCGGAUAUGGGAAGGUGGGGAUGCAUGAUCAGAUGGAGAGAGUUUUAUCUGCGAUGUUAGAGAGCACGGCAUGUAAACCUGAUGUUUGGACUCUGAAUAUAAUUCUUAGUGUGUUUGGUAAUAAGGGUCAGAUUGAUUUGAUGGAGAGAUGGUAUGAGAAAUUUCGGAAUUUUGGAAUUGAGCCGGAAACACGCACUUUUAAUAUUUUGAUUGGUGCAUAUGGGAAGAAACGAAUGUAUGAUAAGAUGUCAUCUGUGAUGGAAUACAUGCGCAAGCUUCAGUUUCCAUGGACAACCUCCACUUACAAUAAUGUUAUUGAGGCAUUUGCAGAUGUGGGGGAUGCAAAAAAUAUGGAGUACACAUUCGAUCAGAUGCGUGCAGAGGCUAUGAAAGCAGAUACAAAGACAUUUUGUUGUCUUAUUAACGGAUAUGCGAAUGCAGGUCUCUUCCAUAAGGUCAUUGGCUGUGUUCUGUUGGCUGCGAAGUUUGAGAUACCAGAGAAUACAUCAUUCUAUAAUGCAGUUAUAUCUGCAUGUGCAAAGGCAGAUGAUUUGAUGGAGAUGGAGAGAGUCUUUAAGCGGAUGAAAGACAAGCAAUGCCAACCAGAUUCCAGAACCUACUCUAUCAUGGUUGAGGCAUACAGAAAGGAAGGUAUGAAUGACAAGAUCUACUAUUUGGAGCAGGAGAAGCAGGAGAUGAUUGCCAAUGGUACUCUAAAUGUGGCUGAAAUGUUUUGCUCACGCUGUUCUGUCUCUGAUUCCUUGGACGGUCAAAGCUUUUCUUUACUAGAUUGGAGGAUAGCAUUCGUUAUCACUCGGGCUGCAACAGAGUACUGUAAAUUGCUUCGGCAAUCCUGUGAGCAUAUAGAGGUAAGUAAAUGGAUAGAACUUCUGUCGGGAACAGUGCAAUACAGCUACAGGAAGGAUGGACUGCAUCCUCAGUUGCGUAGCUGGAACUAG